UUCUCUGCCUCUCUAUUUACUUUCUUGUCAUUUCCUUCUCCUUUCUCAACUGCAUGCCUAUAUAUAUAUAUAUAUCCCUACUCGAUCCUUCUUCAUUAAUCUAAUCAGUGAUCAGCUCAAUAACUCUUACUCUCAGACUCUCUUUCUCUACUUCUUUUUUAUCGUACACGUACUCUCUUCUCUAUCUAGCCAAGCAAGUCUAACUAAAUGGGUUUCGCUGUAAACAGUCAAAACCUUCUUUCUAGAAUUGCAAACAGUAACGGACACGGCGAAGAUUCUCCAUAUUUCGAUGGAUGGAAAGCAUAUGAUAAUGAUCCUUUUCAUCCAACUGAUAAUCCUAAUGGAGUCAUUCAAAUGGGUCUUGCUGAAAAUCAGCUAUCCUUUGAUUUAGUUGUAGACUGGAUUAAGAGACAUCCAGAGGCUUCAAUAUGUACUAACCAAGGAGUCAACGACUUCAUGGAGCUCGCUCUCUUUCAAGAUUAUCAUGGACUAUCUACUUUUCGAGAGGCUAUUGCUAAGUUUAUGGGGAAAAUAAGAGGAGGUAAGGCUACUUUUGAUCCGGAUCACGUAGUUAUGAGUGGAGGAGCUACUGGUGCUGCUGAAACUAUUGCCUUUUGUUUAGCUGAUGCCGGUGACGCGUUCCUCGUUCCUUCGCCAUAUUAUCCGGCAUUUAGUCGAGACUUUGGAUGGAGGACAGGGGUGAAGCUAAUUCCAAUCGUCUGCGAAAGUUCUAACAAUUUCCGCAUCACCAUUACGGCAUUGGAAGCUGCAUAUCAGAAAGCCCAAGAAGCUAACAUUAAAGUCAAAGGUUUACUCGUAAACAACCCUUCAAACCCAUUGGGGACUGUCCUAGAUAAGGACACACUACAAUCCCUUGUGAAGUUCAUCAAUGAAAAGAAAAUACAUCUGGUGUGCGACGAAAUUUAUGCUGCCACCGUUUUUGAAAAACCUGAUUUUGUAAGCAUCUCUGAGGUAGUCGAAGAAACUAAGGAAUGCAAUCGCGAUCUCAUCCAUGUUCUAUCUAGUCUUUCAAAGGAUAUGGGACUUCCAGGCUUUAGAGUUGGAAUUAUUUAUUCGUACAACAAAAGUGUAGUAAAUUGUGCUCGAAAGAUGUCGAGUUUCGGAUUAGUUUCUACACAAACACAACAUUUUGUUGCGUCAUUGCUUUCAGAUGACGAGUUUGUUGAUCGGUUUCUCUCCGAGAGUUCGAAGAGGUUGGCGAAAAGACAUAACAUGCUUACACAAGGCCUCAAGGAAGUAGGAAUUGGUAGUUUGAAGAGUAAUGCAGGUUUAUUUUUCUGGAUGGAUUUACGGAGUCUUCUUAAAGAGCCGACUCUCGAAGCCGAGAUGUCAUUAUGGCGUGUUAUCAUCAACGAUGUUAAACUUAACGUGUCACCUGGUUCUUCUUUUCAAUGUUCAGAAGCUGGAUGGUUUCGGGUUUGUUUUGCAAACAUGGAUGAUGAAACAGUGGAAAUCGCACUUGGAAGAAUCCGAAACUUCGUGGCGCUGCAAGUGAAGGAUAACAAUUCAUCAGAAUCACCUCCACUAGCGAAGAAACCACGAUGGAAGAACAAUCUUCGUGUCAGCUUUUCUCGAAGGUGCGAAGAGAUUAUUAUGACACCAAGAAUGAUGUCGCCUCACUCCCCCAUGCCUCACUCACCUCUUGUUCGUACGAGAACUUAAUUAUUGAUUGAUAAUCAAGAUUAAUUGAUUAACAUCGGGUUGUAGCCUAAUUUGUCUUAAAUUGUGCGUAUAAAAUUAGUAGCACUAGUAUCUAGGUUUAGAAAAUGUUUGCGAAACCGAUUGCUGAGUUGUUAGAAUAAUUGCUACCGUCCCAUUUUUUGAAUUGCAAAUGUCUGCAUUCUGUAUGGGACAGUGAUAAAUAGAGAUGCUCAUCUGUUUUUUUCAUUCCAAAAUUGAACUGGUUUGAUAACAGAUACACAAGUGAAAAAUAUAUUAAUAUAGAAAUAAAGAAGUGAAAUAUUUGACUGUUGGAGUUUAA